CAAUUUUAUUAAGCAUCACACAAACUCUACUAUCAUCUCCCAUCAAGACUUCCAAAUCUCACCUCAAAAUGAAAUUCUCCCUCAUCACCCUCACCGGCCUCGCCACCGCCAUCUCCGCUGCCUCCCUCCCCGCGCGCUUCUCCCUCGUCGCCGAUGACAACUCCCCCGUCCUUACCAACGGCCAAUACGUCUACAUCGGCAACGACACCUCCAAGCCCCUGCAGAAGCUAAUCCUAACCUCCAGCACGAGCGGCGCCCUCAGCUACCUCCCCAAGAACGCCGUCCCAACGGCCUGGCAAAACCUCUACAUCGUCGAAGACACCGUCACGGCGAUCUCCUUCACCGUUCCUCACUCGGCUGCUGUGCCCGAUCACGCCAAUACCACGGGCUUUGGGGUGAAUGAGCAGGGUCUUCUCACUCAUGGUGGGAAAGCUUGGUUUGCCGUCGAUGGGUAUGGAGAUGUUCCGGCUAAGGAGGUGAAUUGGUAUGGGGCGCAUAAUUCGGAGUAUAUGGCGGCGAAUUUGAGGGUUGUGGAGUGUAGUACUAAGGAGUGUUAGGGGUGG